AUGGCUUUCCUCUGGCGCAAUCGACCACGGCCGCCUUCUGACGUCGUCCGAACAAUCAAGGAGCUAUUGUUAAGACUCGGGGAAGCUCCAGCAGCUGCCAAGCUUGCUGACAGCUCCAUAAAGGUCGAAGAUGACCUGGCGAAGCAACUUGCGCAAAUGAAAGUGAUCGUCCAAGGCACUCAAGAAACUGAGACGACUCCGGAGCAAGUACAUGCUCUGGUUCAAGCCACCGUCCACGAAGAUUUGCUAUACGAACUUGCCCGCAACCUUCGUCAUCUUCCCUUUCAAGCCAGAAAAGAUACGCAAACCAUAUUCUCUCAUAUCCUUCGUUUCCGACCCGCCCAGGCAAACAAUGGCGACCCGCCAGUCAUUUCUUAUAUUGUACACAAUCGUCCGGAGAUCAUUGUCGAACUCUGUCGGGGAUACGAAUCACCCGAGAGCACAAUGCCGUGUGGCGCCGUCCUGAGAGAAGCACUCAAAUUCGACGUGUGUGCGGCCAUCAUCCUAUACGAUCAGUCCACCGAGGGUCAACAGGCGAUCAGACUGACACAAGUCAAUCCCGAUAUCCCCCAGAAAGGCGAUGGCAUCUUUUGGAGAUUUUUCCAUUGGAUCGACAAGAGCAGCUUCGAAGUGAGCGCUGAUUCCUUUACAACAUUUAGGGACAUUCUCACUCGUCACAAGAGUCUUGUGACCUCCUACCUUACAACCAACUUUGGUCUCUUUUUCUCCCGCUUCAAUGCACUGAUCCAAUCGAGUUCCUAUGUUACCAAGCGCCAGAGUAUAAAGCUUCUUGGUGAGAUUCUGUUGGAUCGAGCCAACUACAGCGUGAUGAUGGCGUAUGUUGAAAGCGGGGAGAAUCUGAAACUCUGCAUGCAAUUGCUGAAAGACGAUCGCAAAAUGAUUCAGUACGAAGGGUUCCACGUUUUCAAGGUAUUCGUCGCCAAUCCUAACAAAUCGGUCGCGGUGCAACGGAUUCUCAUCAACAAUCGGGACCGUUUGUUGAAAUUCUUGCCUAAAUUCCUAAUGGAUCGCACGGAUGACGACCAGUUCACGGACGAGAAGAGUUUCUUAGUCCGUCAAAUCGAGCUGCUACCUCAGGAGCCCAUUGAACCAGCACGGUCAGCGCAAGAGCCAUCCAGAUCGAGAAUCAACACCGCCGCUGCGGCCUAG